GCGGCAUGUAAGGCACUAGGAUGUAGGCGGAUGUUUCCAAAGCGGCUAGCCAUACCGCCAUUGCUGGCAUUCUUGCAGUGCCGUUAAUCGACUAAUAAUUGCCACAGCAAUGGCGGCCUCGCGCUUUUCCCCUCCUGCUACACCUCUGCUUGUGGGAGAGCGGUAUCUCCCCGACGACGUCCUGCAGCGCGUACUUGUGGGCCUCCCUUUAGAUGAUCACCGCGCGGCGGCGUCGGUCUGUAAAUCAUUCCGCGGGAUCAUCACUGGCCCGCGUUUUCUCGCGGCCCGCCGAGGGUAUGGCUUCGCGGAGCGCGGCGUUGUUACCGUCUUUCGUGGAGACGGCGGGCUGCAAAUAAAAACGGCGCACAAGAGCGACGUCAUGGCAACCAUUCCCGUUAACCGUCUAUCUUAUUACAGCACGACGACCGACGGCGGUGCGAGGCUGUUUGUCUGUACUAGGGGCUGGUCACCGCCGACGGCAGAGGACACUCCCGGUCAAAUUCUGGCGUUGGAUCCCUCGUCACGCCGAUGGAGACGUUUCGCAACGCUGCCACAGGUCAGAGGUGUGCACUGCCUCAUGUGGCAUGCUGGUCUCCUGUACGUCGCUGGCGGCAUCAGUAGUUCUACUGGUAUCCCUACUAAUUCUUUCCAUGUGUACAGCGAAGCAACUGGGUUGUGGGAGGAGCUGCCUCCGAUGCUGCAUGCCUGCGUGCGGGCGGCGUCGGGCGUCAUUGGCAGCGAGCUGUUCAUUGCGGAUGGUGAGGGUUUGACGACGUUGCAGAUUUAUGACAUCGCCACCAGGACGUGGCGAGUCGGCGCACCACCACAGGGGUGGUCAAAUCCAGGAAGUGGUGCAAGAAAAACCAAGGGCGUCGUCGUGGACGGGAAGUUGUUUCUAUUCAGUUCCCGCCAAAGUCCGUUGGUGUACGACCCCCAGUCCAACACGUGGAGUGAGGAGGCGGUGCCCGAGAUUCAUGGUUCCUCUGUGUGGCAUGCCUGCGCCCACGAGGGCCGCGUUGUCGUCUUCUUGUGGAACGGCAAGGCAUUCGAGCGAGCCGCCGGCGGCUCUUGGUCCCUCUACACACGUGCCGAGGCGAACAGAUGUAACAUCGACGGGACCCGUCGGUUAAUAUAUAAAAAAAGAUGUGUCUCCGGCUCCGUCCUCCUCGGCUAAGCGAGG